UUGGCACUCCGUCCAGGGUGUAUCCUGCCCUGAUGCCCUAUGACGCCUGAGAUAGGCACAGGCUCCCCGUGACCCGAGGUAGUUCGGAUAAAGCGGUAGAAAAUGAGUGAGUGAGUGAGUGAGAACGUCACGAUUAAACGUCAUCGCAAACCGGGCAAUAUUUUUCAAAACGAAGGCCUCGCUUUAGAGUUAAAGCUACACACCCAGCACAUUAGGCAGCCCCGUGCUGAGCCUGUGGGAAAGGAGUGGAGGGCAGGUCCAUACAGUAACUCAUCAUUAAUGAAGCCAGAGCUGAGAUCAAAAACAGGCCGUGUGUGUGUGUGUGUGUGUGUGUGUGUGUGUGUGUGUGUGUGUGUGUGUGUGUGUGUGUGUGUGUGUGUGUGUGUGUGUGUUUGCAUGUGCAUUCAGAAGCUAUCAUUACCACCACCAAUGAGCUUUUGUUGUGUUUCUUUGGUGACGUUUGUUUGUUCAUCUCCAGUACACACGUAGAAAAAAACAGGGUUUGGCUGUUAACUAUUAGUGAAAUCACUGCGAUUAUAUGCGAGAUAUUGUGUUGCUUAUUUGCAUGAAGAAAAGUUUGGAUCGGAUCGGUCGGCUUGGCGCUUUAAUUGCUGAUCUCGGUGUCUGAUUAUCACAUAAAGCGACGUUCGUACAGGCAUGAAGAAGGAAAAGAUGAGAUGCUCUUAUCUCCUCAGCAGAGUCUUCACUUCCUCUCCACCUAUUCGGGUUGAAGAAGAAGUAGAAGAAAAUAAAGAGUCGACGUCCACACAGGACAGUUUGUGUGACAGAGCAGCCAGAGUCAUCCAGAGAACAUGGAGGAAACAUGCUAACAUUGUUGUCUUCAAAUACUUCAAGAAUCUGGUGAACUUCAGGAAUCAGGGUGAUCCACACCUCCUGCUCAAAUAUAUCAACCCCAGAGAGGCUGAUAUUUUGGAUGCUGCAGCAGGAGUCUACAUUCGCUUCCGACUCGGUGGAAUCAGCUUUCCACCAAACGUCUACUAUAAAAUCUUCACACAUAGGCCAAUUGUGGACAUGUGCGCCAACAGCCCCAAAGACUACACGCAUCCUGGGCAGAAGAGAGCCGUCGCACAGCAGGUCCAUAACGGCGUGCCGCUGGUUCAGGAUGACCGCACCGGUUGGUACCGUCGUGUGGAGAACAACGGCUGGAGGCUGCUCUCUGGCAAGAUUUAUCUUCAUGGAGACCCCAUUACUCAAGACACAGGCUGCAAAAGAACUGAAUUCCAUCACUGCAAACUCAUUCGACGGCAAGACGCCGAGAGAAAGAGGAAAAUCCGAAAAAUGGAGUGGAUGAAAAAAAUGUAUAAUGAAGGGGCUGUGCAGGAUCACGCUGAACACAGAGACACCGCGGUGCUGCAGGAGACUUCGGAUAAAAGUGAGCGGCUUGAACCCGGUGGGGUCGUAGACUGGGAGGUAGACGAGCUGAUCGAGUGGACCAAUGCCCUCAACUUUGAUGAGUAUAUAAACGAAUGGAAGCUUGUGGGUACGAGUAAAUCUUCACUGCUUCAGAAAGGUGGCAGCAGAUUUCUGUAGGUGUCUCAGCAGCCUCUGCUGGUCAACGUCUGACAUUUCCAUGUCUGGUUGGAGAUGAGCAGCGGGUUCUCUCUGCACACGACCCUCAGGAGUUCUCCGAGCUCACGCAGGACAGCAGCUGCCUUCUACCUGCUCAUGUCUCCAGUCUGAAUCACUCACAAUCACAAGAGGUGUCAUCUGAGAGCGCAUCACAUGACACAGCACAAUCAGUGCUUCACUCUGAGAGCAGUAAUGUUCCUGCAGCUGACAUGAAAUGUUUAUGUAUGUUGUUGUGUAAAAUAUAUUCGGUCCAAUACACUGUAUAAGCUACAAGCUGUAAAUUUGAACAAAGAUUUUCCAAGCUCCAUGUAGUGACUUUAUUUCACAAAAGAGCCUAAUCCAACCCUAUUUGUCCCCACUGGCCAAUCACUGAGCACCAUGGCUCACUGACAGCCAAUCACUGAUCACUAUAGUUCACUGAUAGCCAAUCACUGAUCACUAUAGUUCACUGAUAGCCAAUCACUGAUCACUACAGGUCAC